UUUUCUAUGACCUUUGACCCGACCGAAAUUUCUCGGUGAUUCACGGAAACACCCGAGUGUUAAGCCGUCUCCUUGCAGACCUAAAUAGGAGACAGUGCUUGGAAACAAGCCUCCGAAGGGUCCUUACCCAAGGACUUCAUCGCUUCCCUUUUCACGCUGAAAUGAAUGUGCAGAAGGUGAAACCAACAGUUUCAGCUGCUGUUCAGAUACCAGGACACUCACAACCAAGGAACAUUGUACCAUCUAGAGUUACAACACCACCUGUUCAUAGAGGUCCAGAAGAACAAGUUCCACAGCAGUACACCUCUUACCAACCAGGGAUAGUGAACCUUGGCUAUCCCAAUCAGUUCCUGAUAUCGCAACAGCAGCAGCAACCGCAGCAGCAGGCACAAAGUAAUCCUCAUGAAUUAGACAAGGGUCAGCUGACCACAUCCCAAACUUUUGGGGGACAGCGAACUCCAGUAACUAUUCAACAAAAUAUGUAUCAAAACCCUACGCCAGGCAUGAGAGCUGGUCCCCCACCCUUUUUCUCUGGCCAAUCACAGCAACGGCAAACUAGGUAUACUGGCCCUCCUCCCAUCAGCCAGCCGCCAAACCAGGCUAUGUACCCAGCGAUGUACAUGACGCCAAAUCACCAACCAGGGACGUUCCAACCCCCUGGUGGUACACAGAUCAUUGUUCAGCCACAACUUUCUAUGAUGCAGGUUGGUAACAGAAUGAGUACCCCUCAGUUUGCCCUACAGACCUCACAACAAGGGAUGACAGGGAUGACCACCUACCCCAUGGCUACAAAUCAAACUGCAACUCAGCAGUUUAACCCGAUUACUGUGUAUCACCAGCAAUCUAGCCAGAAUCAGAGGCCACCAUCGGCAGGCAUGAUUACACCACAAACAAAUCAACAACAAGGAAAAAGAGAGAAACACAUGAUCAAGAUUGUAGAUCCAAAUACUGGAAAAGAUAUAUCAAGUGAAAUAUAUAGCACCACAAAUCGCCCAGGUCGUUCUACUACGCCAGGUUCCAGUCCUUCCCCUGUGGCUGUAGCUCCGGGAGAGGCUGUAUCAGAGUCAGAAUCAAGUCCCCUUGUUGAAAGCCCCCCACCACCUCCAUCAGAAUCACCAAAUGGUCACCAGGGUGAUAUUGCAGCAGUAUUUGCUGCCCAGGUGGCUGCGACAUUGAAGACUGAAAUUCAAGCGGAACCUGGGUUGACUUCCAAACUUUCUCACAAUGUGCCAUCAUUUACACCUGCAGAACAAUAUCAACCGCCGAGUGCUAGUAAUGAGGAAAUUACACAGGAAUCGUACUCACCAGUCGUGACCGAAGUUAGUGAAUCAGACACUCCAGCCCUAAGUGCACCAGUUAAAGAAGCCACAACAACAGUUCUAGCUGAAGUUUCAGUAGAAUCUGGAAAAGUUUCAAAUUCAGUACGUAGUGUAACAAUAGAAUCCAAUCCAAGUCUUUCAAACACAAACGAUUCAGUUCCAGCUACACAAGAAGAAACUGCACUUGUGUCAGAUUCCGGCGUUGAUGUCCAAUCUGUGUCAUCAUUGGAGCCAAGUGACUCUUCAGUGGCCGAUAAUGUGAAACCAGAUAGCCAGAAUGUGGUUAUAGUUGAUGAAGUGGAUACUCCCGUGGAACCACCAAAGCCUUCUGAAGUGGACUCUAAACCUGACAAUGUGGCAACAACUGUCCAAAGUGAUAAUGCAAGGACUAAGGAUCUAGUAAAUGAUAAAGUGGAGUUGGAGGAAAAACUUGUAAAUAAUACCUCUAAACAGGAGGAUUCAAGUGAGAAAGACAAGGUGCCAAAUAUAUCACAAACAACUGUGGUAGAUCAUGAGGAUUCCGGUCCUGUAUCUAGUGUCAAAAAGGAAACCAAGGGAAAGAAAAAAGUCAAGGAAGUUAGCAAGAAAGGAGAAGAAUCUAAAAAAGCUGAUGUGGAGGUGUUCUUAGAGCCACAGCCAGUGGAGUCACCAACACCUGUACCAGAACCUGUACCAGAACCUGUCGUAGUUUCUCCUCCAGCAACAACAACAACAGAAACACAAGAUGUCGAAAAAACUACAGAAAAACCAGAGAAAAUGCAAGAAGUUGAAGUACAAAUACAAGACAAAAUACAGGAGGAGAAUCAAAAGAAUGAGGAAAAAAGUAAAGACGCUAAAGAAAAUACUAAAAACAGUGAAAGUACAGAAAAGGAGAAAGCUGUAAAAGAAGCCAGAUAUAAAUAUAAAGAAGACCAAUGGAGUCCUAUGAAUCCAGAAGGGAAGCGAUUGUAUGACCGUGAUUUCUUGCUGCAAAUGCAGUAUGCUGGAGACUCUACAACCAAGCCUGUUGGACUGCCAGAUCUACCUGAUAUUAUUCUAGACAAACCUCACUAUAACCAGCCUUCAGGAGGUGGAGGUGGCGGCGGUGGUGGUGGGGGAGGAGGUGGAAGAGGACCCCCCUUUUCCCGGGACCCUCAAUCAUUCACUGGAUCCUUUGACUUCACACCUGGCUAUGUCAGGUCACCAAGAGUUGGCGGUGCUGAUCGUGGUGGUGGCAGAAUGACCAAGAGUGGUAGCAACCAGGGCCGCAAAAUGGGUGGUCCUCCUCAGAGGAUCAUCACCCAUGUUUCCAUAGGACAGGAUGUCACCCUACACAAAGCAGGCGAUGCUUGGAAACCACAAAAGAGCACAGAAAAAGUUGAAGAUCCAGAAGACAAAAAGACUGAGGUAUUGUACAAAAAGGCCAGAGGUAUCCUUAACAAGCUGACUCCACAGAAAUUUCAAACUCUGGUCAAACAGAUGUCAGAACUAGAGAUCGAUACAGAGGAGAGAUUGAAGGGAGUCACAGAUCAUGUCUUUGAAAAGGCUGUCGGUGAACCUGGAUUUAGUGUAGCUUAUGCAAGCAUGUGCAGAUAUCUAGCAAUGAUCAAGGUACCUUCCCAAAAAAAGCCAGGUGAAUCUGUCAAUUUCCGUGCAAUAUUACUUACCAGAUGUCAAAAAGAGUUUGAGAAGGACAAAGACACAGAACAGGAAAUGGAAAGGAGGCGGAAAGAAAUCAAGGAGGCCAAGGAGGAGGAGAAAGAUCAGUUGAAGUCCGAUCUAGAAUUUGCGGAAUCUAAAGCCAGGAGACGGUCUUUAGGAAAUAUUAGGUUUAUUGGUGAAUUAUUUAAAUUGAAAAUGUUGACCGAGAACAUUAUGCAUGACUGUGUAUUUAAAUUGCUCAAAGCCAAAGAUUUAGAAUCGCUGGAGUGCCUGUGUCGUCUUCUCACUACCAUCGGAAAAGAAUUGGAUUCAGAUAAAGCCAAGCCAAGGAUGGAGCAGUACUUCCAACAAAUGGGAAAGAUUUCACAAGACAAGAAGACGUCCUCCCGAGUGAGAUUCAUGUUACAAGAUGUGAUCGAAUUGAGAAUGAAUCGCUGGGUACCAAGAAGGGAUGAAAACAACCCUAAAACUCUGGACCAGAUUCAUAAAGAAGCUCAGAGAGAGGAUCAAGAAAGACAACUCUUAGCUCAGCAGGCAGUCGCCCAACAGAGAGAGCAGCGAGGUGGAGGUGGCGGCGGCGGUGGAUCUAAGGGAGGUGGAAGACGUGGGCCUGGUUCACAGGGUGGCCCUCCCGGAGGUGCUGAUGGCUGGGCCACAGUUGGUGGGAGACAGCCACCUGUCCGAAUCAACGCAGAACGUCAAACUAUUGAUCCAUCAAGGCUAAAACUUUCUCGGCAAAAUGUGGAUGAAAGUGUACAGCUUGGUCCUGGUGGUGGUGCUGGAAGGUUCGCUGGAUGGCAGAGGGGAAGCACAGGUGGAGGAGCUAGAGCUUCUCAAGAGGCCGAACGUUCGUCCAAUGCACCAAGCAACAGGUUUUCAGCAUUGAGCCGAUCGGAAGACGAGAGCAGAAGUCGUCUUGGUGCAAGUCCCAACAGAGUAAGACAACAGCCUGGAAGCUUUGGUCGUCCAAACAGGGUAACGCCACGAUCAUCACAGGAACAGGAGAGGGAGAAGGCACUCGCUGCAGCAAGGAGCAUAAUUGGUGGUCAAACCACUCCAAAAGAAGGCCCUAGUCGGGAAAGCAGUCGAAGCCGUGAAGUACGCGAGGAGAAGAAAGAACCAGCACCAGUGGCUCCCCCUGCCCCUGUCAAGGAGCUGGGCCAGGAGGAGAUGGAAAAGAAAACGAUCUCCAUAGUGGACGAGUUCCUUCAUAUACAAGACAUGAACGAAGCUGUUAUGUGUGUAGAGGAAUUAAAUUCCCCAUCAACGCUACAUUUGUUUGUGAGUUCUGCCCUAAACCAUGUCCUAGAGAGAUCGGAAGUUGCUCGUCGGCAAACUGGACUGCUUCUCCAUGACUUGGUCAGGAAAGGAUCUGUUCCGGUGGCAGUUUACAUUAAUGGGCUACAUGAAAUCCUUCAGUAUGCAGAGGAUAUGGAAAUAGACAUUCCAAAGAUCUGGCAGUAUUUUGGAGAACUAAUUGGACCUAUGAUUCAAGAUGGCAGUGUUCCAUUUAGUUUCCUUAAAGAUGCCAUUGAGCCUCUUAAAGCCAGCCACAAAGCUUGUGUUCUAAUUGCUGCAAUCCUACAUGAUGCCAGUAAACGAGAGGGACACAAGAAAAUUGCAUCCAUUUGGAAGAGCUCUGGUUUAAAAUGGAGUGACUUCAUGCCAGCUGAAGAAGUGAAAACCUUCCUGAGUACCAAUAGUUUGGAUUUCACCGAGCCAGAUGGCAGCCAGCCUACCACCCCCACUAUAGCAAUGCCCCUGGAGAGUAUACAGGAAAACCUGGACAUGCUCUUACAGGAGAAAAAGUCUACUAAUGAGGAUAUCUUUGAUUGGAUUGAGACAAAUUUGGAUGACCCAAUCACGAAAUCAAAGCGUUUUAUCCGUGUGCUGAUGACAGCAGUGUGUUCAUGUGCAAUUACAGGUCGUGGAAGCAGUGCUCGCGUGGAGCCUCGUGAUGUCAUUAACCGUGGUGCAUUAUUACAGAAGUACCUUGAUCAUCAGGCCGAGUUCGAGUUACAAGCACUUUAUGCUCUUCAAUCACUAGUCCACAAACUUGAGCAUCCGCCAGGUGUACUACGGACAUUGUUUGAUACACUUUAUGAUGAGGACAUAAUAUCUGAAGAUGCGUUUAACCAAUGGGAAAAGAGUGAGGAUCCCGCUGAGCAGGAAGGCAAGGGAGUGGCUAUGCGUCAAGUUGUCCAGUUCUUCACGUGGCUACGAGAGGCUGAGGAGACUAGUGAUAGCUGAGGAUAGUUUCUAUAGGCAUUUAGUUAAUACAGAUGGGGGUUAUUUAUUUCUGAUUUAGGGGAAUAAUUACAAACUACAGAGAAAAAAUUGAAUGUUGGUAGAAGUAUGAAAUAUUUUGUACUUGACCGAAGAUUGGUGUCAAGCUGCUCACAUAUUUUUCUUUACUUCUAUAUAUAUUAUGCAACAAGCAUGUGACUGGUAUGUUGCAUACUAAAACCUGUGAAUAUGUGGAUACAAGAGAAUUUUGUUGAUAUCCGAGGCUUUGGUCAACAGGAUCUACUGUCUUAUUUCUAGACAAUUUUUGUAUUAUAUACCCUUUGGGAUAUGCUAUAUCCCACAUGUUUUUUUUUUCUGCAUAUAUGAUGUAAACAUUUAUGAAGAAAAAUAUGUUCUUCAUUUGUUGAGAAUGUCGAGAUAUUAAAUGAAACCAGGCCAAUUUUUUGUUUAUGCACAAAUGGGAGAGUGUGGAGAAUGAGUAGCAUGCAUGUGUGUUGUGCUUGUUGGUUGAGUCGGCUGUUUUGGCCAUUGCGUAAAUGACAACAGAUUGUGAUUUAAAAAUUGGUGCAAGUGAUUAUAGUAAUACAAAUUAUGUUUCUCAUCAUUAACGUGAUGGUUUUAUAAACAAAAAAAUAUACUAUUUAUGAUGUUGCAUCAUGUAUUACAUGAUAAAUAUUAUAGUGUUCAGUAAUGAAAUCUUGUCAUGUUUGGGUGACUGUCAUUGGAUGUUUGGAACAUGAAUGAAGUUUUAAUGGGAUAUCCAUUAAUUUGAACGUAAACCGUUCCCCAUCAUUUCAGUAUUAGCAUUCUAUACUGAUCAGUAACAUUUUGUCAAGGUUUAAAGUGAAUCUGCAUUAUUUUUUUUUAUUUUUUUUCCUUUUUUUUUCAUAUUCAUACACCAAUAUCUUGAUGAUUAUGAAACACAACCUGUAAAUAUCUUGUGUCAGCCUUUCACAAACGUAUGUGAAAACAGUGCAUAUGUACUGUGUUAAUUAAAUCUGCCACAUGGUGCUACUAGGUAAGCUUACUGUGCUAUUUCAUAAAUAUGGAAAACCAGAGCCAAGAAAAAAAAUGUUCAACGCUCAGUAUAAUGUAUAUUUCCAGUUGUCUGCCCUUCGUUUUCCAGACUUCAUGCCCACACAAAAUAUGAUGUUUUGAAAGGCUCUAUUGUUGCAAUUAUCAGGCACUUAAUUUCAUAUCAUUUUAAUUUAUUGAUGUCCAGUACUUGAAUUGAUUAUUUGAAAACCUGAUUCAGCAUGAAUGCAUAUUACUGAUUGUGAUCAUUGCAUAGAGACCCCAAGUAAAUAUUCCUGUAUUUCUUUACAUUGCAAUAAACAGUCCUAGGCUUCACUAAUGAUAUGUACCUACAGAUAAUUUUAUACAUAUGAAUGUGCGAAUGUUGGCAUAUUUUGUUUGUUAUUGUGUGGUUGAGGAAAGCAAGCAUUUUGAUUUGGUCACUGAUUAUAUCUGUAUAAAAGAUGCCAUUUAGAUGAAAAGUUUAAACAACCUUAAUGAGUCUGUACUACCUUCAUGCCUUAAAUUUUGUUCAUAUAUGCUUGAAGUGUGGGCGUUUAAAUUAAUGAGGAAAUGGGAUAAAUCAUUGACCAUAGCACUAAAAACAAUUAAGAGGAAUCUAUGACACGGGAAUGUUGGAUAGAACAUGCUAAAUUGGAAAUUAAUGGCAAAUAUUUUCAAAAAAUAUUUUGUCUUCUGGAAUGAAGAGUUUUGAAGAUAUUUCUUGAUGUUCUUAAUUGCUAUAUUCUCUGACAGUCUAAAUGGGCAUGUUACCUCUUGUGCUGGGGACCCCCACCCUUGCAUCCCAAACCCAAUACUUGUUACAGUGAUACAAAACCACUACUACACAAUCCAAGAGGUGGUUUUUCAUUACAAAAAAAAAAAAAGAUGAAAGGGGG